CCACUCCCUUCUCUAUCUUCGUCCUUGCCACGUCCUUCAAUUUUUAUCAAUCAUCACUGUGUGUAUGUGUAUCACAACCAACUACUCAUACACAUACGCAAACCAAUCAAAUCCCCAAAUCAAUCAAAAUCAUCUUCGUUUUUCGUUCCUCCAUGAUCCCUGAUACGCAUAUUUCACUUCAACAUCCAUACUAAUUGGUAUUUCGUAUUUCGUAUUUCGUACCUUUCUGUAUCUCCAUCUAUCUUCUUCUCUCUGUGCGUGUCUUCUCCGAUGGCAAUACGUCGUCGUCUACCGGUGCUUCUCGUUGCAUUUUUGUGCUUUGUUGCCGGUAUUACCGCGAGUGACGGCGACGCUGAUCCGAUUUACAUCGAUUGUGUUGAGCAAUGUGAGAAGACAGGAUGUGUGGGAGAUGUAUGCUUCCAACACUGCAAUUUGACAUCCAAUGGAAAAUCUGUGAGUGAUCCAUGGUAUCUACAAGAGCCACUAUACAUAAAAUGGAAAAAAUGGGAUUGUCUUAGUGGCUGCAGAUACCAAUGUAUGCUUGUUAGGGAAGAAGAAAGAGAGACAGCUGGCAAUACACCUGUCAAAUAUCAUGGAAAAUGGCCACUCAGACGUGCCUUUGGGAUUGAGGAACCUGUUUCUGUAGCACUUUCUGCUCUUAAUCUUGCUGUUCAGUUUCAUGGAUGGGUAUCCUUCUUCAUUCUUGUGAAUUACAAGCUCCCUUUAAGGCCAAACAGACAAACUUUCUAUGAAUACACUGGAUUAUGGCAUAUCUAUGGGACGUUAUCAAUGAACUUCUUAUUUUGGAGUGCUGUUUAUCACAGUAGGGAUGUGGAAAUGACAGAGAAGCUAGAUUACUCAUCUGCAGCAGCAGUUAUUGGGUUUUCUCUUAUAGUAUCAAUACUAAGAGCUUUCAGUAUAAAAACUGAAGCUACACGUGUCAUGGUUGCAGCUCCAUUAAUCGCCUUUGUAACCACCCACAUCCUUUAUUUAAACUGCUACCAAUUUGACUAUGAUUUAAAUAUGAAGGUUUGUGCUAUAAUGGGAGUAGCACAGGUAGUGAUUUGGGGGGUAUGGGGUGGAAUUUCGAAUCAUCCAUCUAAAUGGAAGAUUUGGGUUGUGACAUUUGGUGAAGGAUUAAUUAUUUUAUUUCAAAUUUAUGAUUUUCCACCCUACAAGGGUUUUUUGGAUGCUCAUGCUAUUUCACACGCCAUUGCCAUUCCUGUUUCGUAUAUCUGGUGGAGCUUUGUUCAUGAUGACAGUGAAUAUAGAACCACAACACUCAUGAAAAAAGCCAAGUAAGAUAUCCAGAAGGGUAAAUUCGUAAAUUUACACUCCGCUUGUAACCUCGUGUCGGUUUUUUUUUUCUUGUUCAUUAUGGUAGUCAAGGUUAUUCGGUUUUUGCUUGCGUGUUCGCAAGUUUUUUUUUUCUUUUUGUAUUAAAAGUUGUGUCGUCUUUUUUUUUUUUUUUUUUUUUUUUUUUUUUAAAUAUUUUUGAAAGCUCCAGGCCGUUGGUUUUUACGGAUUUAGAUGUUGGUGUCUGUACCGCUUAAAUGCGGAGCUUCCUUUUGGCUUGUGUUAUGGAGCUUUUGGCUUGUGUUAUUUCAGUUUUUUUUUUUUUUUUUUAAAAAAAAAAUAAAUAAGAAUCUGUUUCAUGUGUCUAAUUGGUUGUAAUUAUAAUUAUUGUUUUAUAGUGUUUAAGUGUAUUAAAUAUUAAUAACAUAUAGUUGUGAAAAAAAUGGGUACAAGAUAGUGAGAUACAGAGAUUGAUUGAUGUGGUUCAGAAGUAACUGAAGGGGAGACAGGUGGUAAGUCACGUUUACCUUUUUUUUUUUUUUUAAUUUUUUUUUAUUUUAAAGUUUUUUAUAUUAAUUCAUUUUUUUUUUCUUUGGGAUUGUAUUUUUGGGUCGAUUAUUAAAAAAUGGGAUUGGAACAGUUUAAAUUUAUAACCUUUUGAUAUUGGUCAAGUAGCCGGGUUUAUUAGAGCAUCCAUUUUCUAAGGAAAAGCUAUCGGAAAAUGUAUUGUGGAAACUUUUUUAAUUCAAAGCCUUUUUAGUAAGCUUGUGUGGGACCCAUAGAUUUUUAACUAAUUUAUCCUAUACAUGUAAAACAAUUAAUAAAAAGCAAAAUGGAAUAGCUUUUCUAUUAUGAGAGAUACACUAGCUUUUUGUAUAUUGAGCUUUCAAAGGAAAAAAGCUCCUUUAUUGUGGAUGUUCUAACAUCCAUAGUAUGAGUUUUUUAAAAGCUUAUUCAGUUUGAAAAAAAUGGUUAAUCUAAAAAAAAUAUUUUAUUUUAUUUUAUUUAUUUAUUUUUUGGAUUUAACUUCAAAUUUAUUUUUUGUUUGAAAAAGGCUUUGUAUUUUUUCAUUUUUUCCAAAAAAACCUUCAGUUUUGUAUAGACCCUUAACCUGCUAAAUGCUUUCAAUAAACCUUCAACUUUUUUAGUUUUUUUUUUUUUUUUUUUUUUUUAAAACCCUCAAGUUUUAUAUAUUUUUUUUGGCAAAAAAUGACUUAAAGGGCCAAAUUGAAAAAAAUGGAAAAAAAUAAAAGGUAUUUUUCAGACAAAAAAUAAAUUUGAGGUUUAAUCCGAAAAAAACACAAAAGAUAAGAUAAGGCAUUUUUUGAGAUUAACCCUUGAAAAUAAAACACAAUCUUAUUGUGAGACUUUUUCAAUGAGAGUUUUUUCAAGUAAUUUUUCCAUAGAGCUUUUUCAAUUAAAAUGGUGGGUCGCAUAUAAUUCAACUAAUUAUAAGUGAUUAACUUAUUUAAAAAAACAUUAGAAUAAUAUAAAUAUAUUUGAUGAGUCGUACAAUAAAGCUCUCAUAUUGUUGUAAUUAGUUAGUUUUUUGGAUCGAUGAUGUGACGAUAACAUGAUAUGAAAAGACCGAAAAAUGUUCUUCGAAUACUUUAUUUUAGAUUUAUUGGUUACCACAUAUGAAUGGAAAUUUUUGAUGUGUUGAACACAUUUUUAUUGUGUUAUUAUUCUUAUUAGACUAAAUUGCCAAAUUUGGUCGUUUAAUUUAGGAUUUUUUUGGAUUCGAUUCCAAAAAGGAAAAUGGUUACCUUUAUUUGUUAUAUAUUUUUUCAAAAAAAAUUCACUGUUUAUUUAAGGGGUUGAUGUCAUAAAUAGGUUACUAACUAUUUUUUUCCCACAAAACACCAUUGUUUUUAAAAAACUACCAUAAAAGAAGGUAAGUAACUUGAACUUUUUGUUCACAAAUACUCUUAUUUUUCUGGUUUUAAAGAUUAUUUUUUAAUUAACAAAACUGAUGGAAUUUUAAAAAAAGCAAUGCUGUUUGUUAAAAAAAAGUGAAAACAAAUAGUUUGUAGAUGCUGUUGAAGCUCGACUGUCCCCUCUUAUCUGCAUUGAUUCAAUGUUUAAAUUCCGAAUUGUAUGUUUUCUCUUCUUUUAUUUUUGCUAAAGUCAUAUUUCUUUUUAAUGUCA